GUCAAUUCGGGAUGCGGGGGUCCUCAGGCACUCAAGGGCCCGUCGGGGGAGUUCACCAGCAUGAAUCACCCCAGUAGCUACGACAACGGCAUGAGCUGCAGCUGGCGCAUCACUGUGGACCCAGGCAUGGUGAUCCAUUUGUGGUUUGAAGACUUCUCCCUGGAGGCAACAGACCUGUGCACAGCAGACUACUUUACAAUACAGGACAACCUGGGAGUCAUCGGGAGGUUGUGUGGGCGCUCCAAACCCGGGCCGAUAGUGUCAUUGGGAAACGCUAUGUUGUUGUUCUUUGACACCAAUGACAGAAAUACAGACACGGGAUUCAAAGCAAAGUACCAAGCUGUGACACCAGAGAGUACUUUAGAAAUAGCCGGUGCUGGUGGCGCUCUCCAAGGUGACCGCGGGGAUCUACUGACCCCUGGGUUCCCAGCACAGAACUAUGAGAACGGGGCUCUCUACCAGUGGAGGAUCAGUGUACCAGAGGGAGAGAAGAUCAGACUGACGUUCUCUUCCUUCGACCUGGUCCCUGAGGCCUGUAGAGACUACGUAGAUGUCUACGAUGGUCAUAAAACCGGCUCCGCCACGUUGGGCCGAUUCUGUGGUAGUAAGAAUCCAGGCCGCGUGGAUUCCAGUGGCAACACGAUGGUGGUGCGUUUCAAAACCGAUGCCACUCUCAUCUCCAAGGGUUUCAGUGCCACGUUCACCAAGACCGGCCUCAUCCCGACCACGGUCAAACCUACCACCAUGAUGCCCACAACACCAGCUAUAACCGACUCCGGCUGCGGUGAUGUCGGAACGCUGUUGGGCCGUAAAGGGGAGAUCCAUUCUAUGGGAUUCCCAGAUGCGUAUCCCGGGAAUCUUCACUGCUCCUGGAACAUCACAGCUCCGGAAGGCUUCCUGGUCAAACUGCACGUCACAGACAUGUCCGUCACGGGAGAGGCGGGCCAGUGUGGCGAAGACAAGCUUGUAGUUUCUGACAGCCUCCAGGCGCUUGGCACACACUGUGGCUACGUCCUUCCCCCUGUGGUGGUCAGUGCCAAUAACAAGAUGUCCCUGAGCUUCCUGUCCGACUCACGUCUCUCUGACCGAGGCUUCUCCGCCAAGUGGGAGGCCGUGUAUCCUGAGGACAUUGCCGCGAUCCAGGGAUGCGGAGGGGCCUCCCAUGAGAUAAAAGGGGUUAUUAAGUCUCAGAACUGGCCUAUGAACUACAAGGCGGCCAGCGAGUGCAUGUGGAGUGUGGAGGUCCCCAAAGGGAAGACCAUAACCCUGACGUUCACCCACUUCGACGUGGAAGCCAAGGACAUUUUCACUUCCAAAUGCUUGGAUAACAUGGUGGCAUACGACAUCGAUAAUGACGGAGCUGAGAGUACAAAACACGGUCCAUGGUGUGGUGACCGACUCCCAGCCACCAUCACAACUAAGGGCAACAAGUUGGUGAUGCGUUUCCAUACUGACUUCUUCUUGGAGGCUAAAGGUUUCAGAGCCUACUGGACUA